UAAGAAAACUGAUGUUUCAACUUUAAAUUCGCGAAAGAAAGAGCUUUGUUGCUGGACGCAACAAUUUAAAAAUUCACUACUUACGUUUCACGAGUCCUGGUAAGAUGCGAACCCGCAGCGCCUUAGCGAAACCGCAAUAUCAGUGACGUGAAGCAAGAAGGAAACCUCACGGCUUGGAAAAUGGAGGAUAAGCAGUGUGGUGUGUGCAAUGGUGCAAGUACGGAAAAUGCAGUGGAGUGCGAUCGAUGCGAAGGAAUGUUUCAUCUUGCGUGCGUGAACGAAGAUGAAACCGUGUACAGUAGGGAUUGGACAUGCCAUCUGUGCACCCACUUCAUCUACCCUUCAUCGUGCGACGCCCGUAGUAGCGACCCAACCAGCCCCGGUAGCAGUGGAUACGAACAUAGUGAAUCUGGAACCAUCCACCAGAGCAAGAUCGACGGAAGUGAUCACGCCCGUAUCGAAUCCUCCGAAUGAUCCAUCAAAAGCAAGACCCACUCAAACUGCUGAUUCUCCAUUGGACAAUCUUAGCAGAACCUUCCAACGUUUCUUGGAAGAAGCACGCGAGCCACGCAGGCAAGAGCCUGACGUGAUACAACGGCUCGAAUCCGUGCUAAACACCUUUGUUCAACGGAUGAAUCAAGAACAAAAUCCGCAAGGAUCACGCCGGGACAAUCUCGGAUCUACGGCGUUUUGUUCGAGUGAUACAACCUUGAACAUUAAUCAGAGUCAGAUACUAGCUAGACAUUCCGUCAACGCCCAGCUACCGACGUUCGCCGGUAACCCAGAGGAGUGGUCCGUGUUCGAAAACGCGUUUUAUGAGACGACGGAACUAUGUGGUUUCUCUGACGGAGAAAAUAUUAUAAGGCUGCAACAAGCAUUAAAAGGAGAAGCGUUUAAAACAGUCCAGGGGAGACUCAGGAAAGCAGCUAACCUCAAAGAAGUCAUGCAAGAGCUCAAAUCAUCGUUCGGACGUCCAGAAGUAGUUGUGAAAACGUUGUUGAGCCAGAUUCGACGACAGGUACCCCCGAGAGCAGAAAAGUUGGAGACGCUUGUGCAGUUCGCCGUAUCCGUGGACGAAAUGUGUGCUGCUGUGAGAAACAACGGGGUCGAGGAGCGUUAUGAUGGACCCGUGUUGGAUGAGCUCGUUGGUCGUCUCCCUCCGAUGAUUAAGCUGAUGUGGGGCAUACACAGUCUUACGUUGUCAAAGGUCAACCUGGCUGCAUUCGGAAAGUGGAUGCAAACCAUUAAGCAUGCAGCCCAAGCGGUAACGAGCCCUGCAAAUCUUAUCGAACCACGAUGCAGUAAGUAUUUGCACAUGCAUACUACUAAUCCCUCCUCGCAGAACUCCACAGAAGCCGUUUGUGCAUGCGAUAACGGCUGCGUUCGCUUAUACGAAUGUGACGGAUACUGGCAGAAAAGCGUAGCAGAUCGCUGGGACAUCAUUAAGCGGAACUACUUGUGUAAAUGUUGUUUGAAAAAACAUCGUGCGCCCUGUAAAGAGACGAGAGUAUGCGGCAAAGACGGAUGUACUGUAAAACACCACCCGUCACUACACAAUUCGGCAGGUAAGGGAAGACACGAAGCAAAUUUCUCUCACUCUACAGCCACCGACGAGAACAUACUAUUGCGAUACGUGCCAGUUGAGCUGCAGGCUGUAGGAAAGACGAUCAGAACAGUUGCUUUUCUCGACGAAGGAGCGUCAGUAUCGCUAAUCGAACAUUCGCUAGUUGACGAGCUGGAACUUGAAGGGACAAACCGACCUCUUUGUUUGAAAUAAACUGGAGGACAACAUCGCACUGAACGAGAUUCAAAACAGCCCUCAGGAACAACUGGAAGACGUCACAACUGUACGCAGAUCAAUUUUGGAAAAAAUGGUUAGCUUCUUAUCUG